GGGUCAGUGUCACCCUGAUGGCCACAGAGAGGCACCAGGAGGGGAGCUGGGCUGGUGGGCUUCUCUUUGAGAUAGGUCCUGGGAGCUCUUAGAAAACAUAAUACACUUGAGAUUGUUUAGCUACUCUAAAUGGCAUAAAAUUAGCAGGAUGGCUUCUGAGGUAGUGUUGGAAACAGUAAAAUGUUUAAUAAAAGGCAAAUUAACAAAGCUCUUUCAGAGAAAAAAUGAGCCAGGGGCAAGAGGUUCUUGGUCCUGCUAAAACACCCCACAAAAGUGAUUAUUUCCUUUGUUCUCUUCCUUUUCUAGUGAAUUAUGUAGGUGGGACCUCUUGGUCUCAGUCUAAUCAGACAGCACCAGGUCUGAGGUGAAGUCCAAAAGGUCCUUUGAGGUGUAUUUGUACCAAAUGGGGAGAGAAACUUCUGGGCUUUUUGCCUUUUUAAGCAGACAAAGAAUAAUUUAGUCCCUCUGUCAACAAGGGACACAUUCCUACACUGGGCCCUUCUCCCCUUACCUGCCUGGAGCUGCUCCAUGAACAUUCCUGCUGCUCCAGCCCCUCCUGGGGCUCUGCAGAGGCACCCAGGGCUCUGCUCUCCCUCCCCAGAUCCCGGGGGUGCUUUGUGCUGCCACAGCAAUUGGGUUUUUUGCACAAAUAAGGAAGUGGCUGCUGAUGUUAUCUGGCCACACUUCCUGCUCUGCUGGGGAUGAGCACGGAGGGCUCAGGCAGCUCCUGCCUGCUCCUCUCUGCUCUUCCCCUCCAUUCCCUCCUCUCACAGCCCAGCCCUGCUCCUGAGAGCCUGCAGGAACCACCAGGGUACCCUGGCUGAGCUCUGCUCCCCACCAAAACACCUGGGAUGGGCUGAUCCCAAAGGCUGGGGGGGCUGCUGAGCCCACCCUCACACAGGGCUGAGCUGUGCUUGGGGCGCUCUCCAGCUCAGCCCUGGGAUUUGGGGUCUUCUCCAGCUCAGCCCUGGGAUUUGGGGUCUUCUCCAGCUCAGCCCUGGGAUUUGGGGUCUUCUCCAGUUCAGCCCUGGGAUUUGGGGUGCUCUCCAGUUCAGCCCUGGGAUUUGGGGUACUCUCGAGUUCAGCCCUGGGAUUUGGGGUGCUCUGCAGUUCAGCCCUGGGAUUUGGGGCGCUCUCCAGUUCAGCCCUGGGAUUUGGGAUGCUCUCCAGCUCAGCCCUGGGAUUUGGGGUGCUCUCCAGUUCAGCCCUGGGAUUUGGGGUGCUCUCCAGUUCAGCCCCGGGACUUGGGGUGCUCUCCAGUUCAGCCCUGGGAUUUGGGGUGCUCUCCAGUUCAGCCCUGGGAUUUGGGGUGCUCUCCAGUUCAGCCCUGGGAUUUGGGGUGCUCUCCAGUUCAGCCCUGGAGAGAAUUGGGGUGUUCCCCAGCCCUGGGAUUUGGGAUGGUCUCCAGUCCAGCCCAGGGAUUUGGGAUGUUCUCCAGCUCAGCCCAGGGAUUUGGGGUGUUAUUUAUGAGUCAGGAGAAUUGUGUGUGCUCAUGUGUCCCAGGUUUCUCUGUGCUCCAUGUCCCAGGUUUCUCUGUGCUCCAUGUCCCAGGUUUCUGUGUGCUCCAUGUCCCCGGUUUCUCUAUGCUCCAUGUCCCAGGUUUCCAUGUGCUCAUGUCCCAGGUUUCUCUGUGCUCCAUGUCCCAGGUUUCUCUGUGCUCAUGUCCCAGGUUUCUCUGUGCUCCAUGUCCCAGGUUUCUCUGUGCUCAUGUCCCAGGUUUCUCUGUGCUCAUGUCCCAGGUUUCUCUGUGCUCCAUGUCCCAGGUUUCUCUGUGCUCAUGUCCCAGGUUUCUCUGUGCUCAUGUCCCAGGUUUCUCUGUGCUCCAUGUCCCAGGUUUCUCUGUGCUCAUGUCCCAGGUUUCUCUGUGCUCCAUGUCCCAGGUUUCUCUGUGCUCCAUGUCCCAGGUUUCUCUGUGCUCAUGUCCCAGGUUUCUCUGUGCUCCAUGUCCCAGGUUUCUCUGUGCUCAUGUCCCAGGUUUCUCUGUGCUCAUGUCCCAGGUUUCUCUGUGCUCCAUGUCCCAGGUUUCUCUGUGCUCAUGUCCCAGGUUUCUCUGUGCUCAUGUCCCAGGUUUCUCUGUGCUCCAUGUCCCAGGUUUCUCUGUGCUCCAUGUCCGUGGAGCAGUGCUGCAUUCCAGGCUGUUGCUCCAGAUGAAUCCCCCUAACUCUGAGGAGCUUUGUUAUUUUGUUAUAUUACCUUUUAUUAAACCUUCUUCUGUUCCCAACACUACCACAGAAGCCAUCCUGAUAAUUUUAUGCCAUUCAGAGUGGUUAAACAAUCUCAAGUGUAAUAAGCUCUCUAGGAGCUCCUGAGACCCAGCUGAAAAGGAAGCCCACCAGCCCAGUUCCCCUCCUGGUGCCUCUCUGUGGCCAUCAGGGUGACACAGACCCCAUG